UGUUUUUAUCAGACGACGUUAGUUGUCAAACGCGAAAGUCAAAAUACAAAACUUAUUCCGAAAAGAGUUGAUCAUCCUCCCCUUAUCAUUUCGCAAUCUGUGGCUUCACUUAGUUCUUCGUCGCACUCAAGCCACGCAAACUCUCUUUCGCUUUUGAAAAAGUUCAUUCUAGUCAUCUCACGAAAAUGGCUCUCCGAUCAAACAGUAGCAGGAGAACACCCCGUUUCGAGGAGUCUGAGGAUAGUGUCACAGAACCGUUGAUCUCUCAGACUAACUUAAACAUGAAUCCAUCUGAUAAGUCGACGAAAUUGUCCACUUUUUUCACUUCAAAGCAGAAUAUUUACAGCAUUUAUGUUUUGCUACUAUUUCUGAUAACUUACUUGUUGAAUCAACUUGAUCGUUACAUGCUGGCCAUAGUAACGAAACCUUUAGCACAGGAAAUUCAUUACGGAGAUCAAGGAUGUAUGACCAACACCUCAGCCACGUUUCCAACCCCACAAGUAGUGUGUCAAAAGCUGACCAAUGAAUCUAACUGUACUCAAUUUCUGUACAAUGAUACAACUUUUGGAGGUUGUAAAUGGGACUACACUGGACAAGGUUUUGACUAUCAGAUUCUUGCUGGACCAAUUUUCAUCUUGAUUUACACGUUUGCCGCUAUCCCUGUUGGUAUUGCAGCUGACCUCUAUAACAGAAAAAUUCAUACUUAUAUGCAGGUACUCCUCGGCAUCAGUCUAAUUUUUUGGUCAGUGUGUACCCUCUUAUCUGGAUUUGUUACCAGCUACUGGCAAUUGGCUCUCUUGCGAUUCGGCUUAGGACUAGGAGAAGCGGGAUGCACUCCGUUUGCGACAUCAUUAAUUGCCGAUUAUUUCGGCCAAGAGUUGCGUGGUCUGGCCAUGGGCGUCUAUAACUGGGGUAUUUAUACAGGGUACUCCCUGUCUUACGCCCUUGGCAAUUUCAUCACCGAUGCCAAUAUCAAUAACCAAGGAUGGCGCUGGUCUUUUAUCAUCGCUGGAAUUCCAGGAAUUGUCAUUGGUUUUAUCAUUUUAUUGACGGUCAGAGAACCGAAACGCGGCGAAAAAAAUGUACCUUCAACGGUGAAGGUAGAGGCUUCUGUUGGAAACGCUGCGCCUUCAACCAAAGAAAAAUUCAAACAGAUGUUCAAAUUGAUACGACCGUCCUUGUUGUUGUUGUGCAUUGCAAGCUCUAUUCGUAACGCUGCUGGCUAUGUUUGGGCCUAUAACACGCAAGUGUACUUCGAUGGGCUCGGUCAAACUCCGACUCAGAUUGGCACUUGGAUGUCUUGGAUCCCGGUUGUUGGCGGUUCGAUUGGUGUUGUCUUUGGCGGUUUUAUUUCUGACCGAGUUGUUAAGCGAACGGGACCUCAUGGCAGAAUUUGGGUAUUAGCAUUGAGUCAGAUCAUUUCGUCUCCUUUCGCUGCGGGAGUCCUGUUUCUUGAUCCACCUUACUGUUACUUUAGCCUGCUACCUAAUUACAUUAUCGGCGAAAUGUGGGUAGGUGUAGCUCUUGCCGUACUGGUUGAACUUGUGCCAGCCGACGUCAGGACUACUGCUGUAGCAGCUUACUUUUUCAUCAUUUCGAAUAUUGGUGGAAACAUGCCUCUUUUAGUGCCUCCCGUCAAAAAAGCUUUCAUCGACGCUGGUUAUGGAGAGGUUGAUUCUUUGCGGAAUACCCUUUACCUGUUUUUCCCCGGAGAAUAUAUUUUGGGUGCCUUACUAUUUCUCGUCUCACUGGUUGUUCUGCAACGUGAUAUUGAGUACAUCAAACAACAGCAGGAUAAGAAAAUUGAAACUAAUGAAGGAUCCCAAUCUCAAUUGCCCUCUAAUUAUGGAAGCGCAUCGACUCUGGCUACCGAUGACUGAAUCAAUCGCCAGAGAAACCUAAUUCGAUAUAAAGCUUCUAUAAUCGUGCUUAGCCCUCAGAUUCACGCGUAAUAUUAUGUUGGUUUUUAUUUGUACGGAAUGGAAUGCGCGCAACUAAAAAACUUCAAAGAACAUCUUUGUUUUCUCUGAAGAAAUGAUGGCAUCAUAAGUAACUGAAGGUAACGGAAAGUAAUUAAGUUAUAUGGUAUUAUUUCCAGGAUUAUAUUUUUAUAGUACUAAACUUAUUGUAUCAGUUAUAAUUUGAAGAUUAUUUUAGUAAAGAACAAGUUUAAAUUAAAUUAUGAUCUUAUCGCA